AUACAUAUAGAUAGAGAUACGUUCAUGCCAUAUAUCUACAGUUUGAUUUCGCUCUUCUGCUGUUUCAGUGGGAAAUUCUCUGCCAUUGGAUUUUUGUGUUGAAUUUGGUAGUUAUAAAGAUGUUUUUUGUUGAUUGGUUCUUUGGGAUUCUGGCGUCUCUUGGGUUAUGGCAGAAAGAGGCCAAGAUCUUGUUCUUGGGUAUCGAUAAUGCCGGAAAGACCACCUUGCUUCACAUGCUUAAAGAAGAGAAAUUGGCACAGCAUCAACCAACACAGUAUCCGACAUCGGAGGAAUUGAGUAUUGGGAAAAUCAUGUUUAAGGCUUUUGAUUUGGGAGGCCAUCAGAUAGCUCGAAGAGUCUGGAAGGACUACUAUGCUGAGGUGGAUGCUGUCGUGUACCUUGUUGAUGCUUAUGACAGAGAGAGAUUUGCAGAGUCCAAAAUGGAGCUUGACGCCCUCCUUUCAGACAGGUCGCUUGCUGAGGUCCCGUUUCUCAUACUUGGUAAUAAGAUCGAUAUACCCUACGCUGCCUCACAGGACGAGUUGGAAUAUCAUUUGGGUUUGACUGGAGUGACUACUGGUAAGGGUAAGAUUAACCUUGUCGACUCUGCUGCCCGUCCUCUUGAGAUUUUCAUGUGCAGCAUUGUGAGAAAGAUGGGAUAUGGUGAGGGAUUUAAAUGGCUUUCACAAUACCUUUAAUUAGAAGAAUGAAGGAACAAUCAGAUUUCCUUAUCUACUAAUAGGAAUUUUGAUUCUACUGUUUUUGAUUCUUUUGGAAACAAGUAUUAAAAGGGUAUAGUUUCAAAUUGGGAAGUUCAUAUUUUUGUAUGUAGCC